AUGGGAGAAUGGACCAUUUUGGAGAGGCUGCUGGAGGCGGCAGUCCAGCAGCACUCUACCAUGAUUGGGAGGAUCCUGCUGACAGUGGUGGUGAUUUUCCGUAUCCUGAUAGUAGGCAUAGUGGGAGAGAAGGUAUAUGAGGAUGAGCAAAUCAUGUUCAUCUGUAACACCAUGCAGCCUGGCUGCAACCAAGCCUGUUAUGACAAGGCCUUCCCAAUCUCGCACAUCCGUUACUGGGUCUUUCAGAUCAUCUUGGUGUGCACACCCAGCCUGUGCUUCAUCACGUAUUCUGUUCAUCAGUCUGCUAAAGCACGCGACCGAAGCUACUCCCUCCUGCAUCCUUACAUGGAUCACCAUGGCCAUGGCGGUCAUCAUGGUCGCCAUCAUGACCAUCACGCCCGCAAGCUUCACUCUCGCAACAUCAAUGGCAUCCUGGUGCACCCUGACAGCAGUAAGGAGGACCACGACUGCCUGGAAGUCAAGGAGAUCCCCAAUGGACCCCGGGGACUUCCUCAAACACACAAGAGUUCUAAAGUGCGACGGCAGGAAGGAAUCUCCCGUUUCUACGUCAUCCAGGUUGUGUUCCGCAACGUGCUGGAGAUCGGCUUCUUGGCCGGCCAGUAUUUCCUAUAUGGGUUCAAUGUGCCAGGAAUGUUUGAGUGUGAUCGAUACCCGUGCGUGAAGGAGGUGGAGUGUUAUGUGUCUCGUCCCACAGAAAAGACUGUGUUUCUGGUCUUUAUGUUUGCAGUGAGUGGCAUAUGUGUGCUGCUCAACCUAGCUGAGCUCAACCACCUUGGCUGGAGGAAGAUAAAGACGGCCGUCCGAGGGGUGCAGGCCCGAAGGAAGUCCAUCUGUGAAGUGCGCAAGAAGGAUGUUUCACACCUGUCCCAGGCCCCAAACCUGGGCAGAACCCAGUCUAGUGAGUCAGCCUAUGUCUGA